AUGACAGUGCGUCUACCUUCCAUCAAACGGGACCGCCUCCUCAAACUCAUUUCAGAAACACUGGCGAAUCCGUCUCUGUCCCUUCGCGAUAUCACGAUUCUUCUAGGGCACGUUUCCACUGAAACCACAGUCUGUCGAUGGAUGCGUUGUUCCUACUUCAACUUGCAACGUGUCCUGAGUCAAUUUCUCCAAUCCCGCCACCAAUCCAUCAAACAUUACAUGAAACGCAACGGCAAAGUCCAAAUCAUCUCCGACCAACUACCUCCAUCCCUCUGCUACCGCCUUGCUUCCCUUAUUGGAAAGGAAGCAGCUACUUUCCUAUGGAAUGCCAACAAGCGAUUCCGACUUGACGAACCUGUGCUCCGCGAACUCCGAGCCAUCAAGCACAGCCUCAAAACAGAGACUUGGGAAAUCUACAUUCUCCAGAUGAUCCCUCAAGACCCCCAUUUCACGUCGUACGGAGAUGCUAGCUUUCUUGGAGGAGGCGCCUAUUCCGACGAACUCCUCUUUUGGUUCCGCAUAGUUUGGAGCCCAGAUAUUGUUGCUGGUACAAAAUUGAAAGCCAGCAACCCCAAAUAUGUCCACAUCAACAGCCUUGAGUUCUUGGUAGCUUUUCUACAGGAAGUUGCCAAGGUUGUCCGCCUUGAAGGAACUUCCCAUGCCCAUCCAGGCCUGGCCCACAAAUUCCCCAACGGAUUUUCCCACUUCCCAGUUCUGCUCAACCGCACUGACAACACUCCCACUGAGAAAUGGAUGAAUGAUGCCCACACCAACAGCCCUUUUGCACGCCUUUUGGUCAACUUGCACGGUCAGCUACUCAAACGCUCCUCUCUGACUGCUCUUUCUGACCAUAUCCCUGGUGAUGACAACUUUGCUGCUGAUUUUAUUUCACGCCCAAACAUGAAACUCUCUCACCAUCAAUUACUUUCGCAGACAUUUUGCACUUUACCUUGGAUGAGAAACUACGAUUAUGUCCAGCCGAGUCCCAAACUUUGCUCCGUCCUGCGCUCCUGUCUAUUCUCCAAUCCAAAGCAGGCGCCACCGAUGAUCCCCGCAAAUCUGGGACACUUUGUUCCCGCCGACUCCAUUUCCUCAAGUUUUGCUAUGAUAUGA